AUGGCGGCUUCCCUCCGCGCGGCGGCCAAGAGGAUGCUGCGCCCGGCGGUGCAUCCAGGGGAGGGGCUUCGCACCCAGCACCAGCAGCAUUCCGGAACCCCCCGUGCCUUGGAUGAAGGAUACAACCAUGCAUCGCAAAUCCAGCAGAAGAAGGAGGAGUUGUACAAUCUCAUCGCCAAGGCUGUGGCGGAGCCCACUACCACCUGGCUGGACAGGCGACUGCUCAAGGCUCUCUCCUUGCAAAUCAAGCCUAGACCAAAGGACCCUCAGUGGCGCAAGAUAAUUUUGACCAAGGUGGCCACCCAUUGUACAUAUGCUGUGGGUAUUCUUGUUGCUUAUGUCAGAUGUCCUCGCACUGAAGACGGUGCUAAAAUAGUAAGGUACGAUGGACAUCUUGUUACUGUUGAGAGUCUGCCCAUGCUACAAGGAUAUCAGCCUGCUACUCCUGCUGAGGGAGUGCCCAAGCAAAUGAGUUGA